AUGGCAGUGUUGAACCGCAUUUCGGCAGCAUGCUGGAGGGGUAUGCCAGCCGGGUUGUUGAACGAGCAGCUGUUUCUCGUCUCCCGCGCCUUACACAAGACAGCAGCCAGCGAGGCUCUGCAGAUCCCAACCGGAGAAGAGGCCGUGUCCGGCAGGCUGAUCGCACCGGCGGAGCUCCGAGAGAAAAGCCAGAUCAAAACCUUGAAGGAGAUGCCGGGACCGAGCACCAUUUCCAACUUGGUUGAGUUUUUUUGGCGAGACGGCUUCAGCAGAAUUCACGAGAUUCAGAUGGAGCACAGCAAGAAGUAUGGAAAAAUCUUCAAGUCUUAUUUCGGACCCCAGCUGGUGGUCUCCAUCGCUGACCGUGAAUUGGUGGCGGAGGUGCUGCGUGCUGAGGGUGUGGCCCCUCAAAGAGCCAACAUGGAAUCCUGGCAAGAGUAUAGGGACCUUAGGGGCCGUUCUACUGGCCUAAUCUCAGCCGAGGGAGAAGAAUGGCUUAAGAUGCGGAGCGUGCUCAGACAACUUAUAAUGCGUCCCCGUGACGUAGCAGUUUUCUCCGACGAUGUGAACAAGGUGGUGGACGACCUAAUCAAGAGAGUUUACACCCUUCGGAGCCAGCAGCCCGAUGGACUUACUGUCCUCAAUGUGAAUGACCUUUUCUUCAAAUACUCCAUGGAAGGCGUGGCUGCUAUCUUGUAUGAGUGUAGACUAGGUUGCUUGGAAAACGACAUCCCUAAAGCAACCCAGGACUAUAUAUCUGCCUUGCAUCUAAUGUUCAGUUCCUUCAAGACCACCAUGUAUGCUGGAGCAAUUCCUAAGUGGCUUCGUCCGAUCAUUCCCAAACCAUGGGAAGAGUUUUGUCUCUCCUGGGAUGGCUUGUUCAGAUUCAGCAUGAUUCAUGUGGAUCAAAGAUUCAAGGAGAUCAAGGCCCAGGUUGAAAGGGGGGAGACAGUGAAGGGGGGACUGCUCACACACAUGCUCACCACCAUGGAGAUGAGUGUGGAGGAGAUCUACGCAAAUGUAACAGAGAUGCUUCUGGCUGGGGUCGAUACGACGUCCUUCACCCUCUCCUGGGCCAGCUAUCUGCUGGCACGACACCCUCACAUCCAGGAGCAAAUCUACACAGAAGUCACACAGACUCUUGGAUCUGGAACUGUUCCCACAGCUGAAGACGUCCCUCGCCUGCCUCUCAUCAGAGGGCUGGUAAAAGAGACUCUUAGGCUUUUUCCAGUUCUCCCAGGCAACGGCCGGAUUACCCAGGAUGACUUGGUGGUUGGUGGAUACUUCAUCCCCAAAGGGACUCAGCUGGCCCUUUGUCACUACUCCACGUCUCUGGAUGCAGAGAACUUUCCCAGUCCCUUAGAAUUCCAACCAGAGCGCUGGGUACGGAAAGAUUCCUCAGAUCGCGUGGACAACUUUGGCUCAAUUCCCUUUGGCUACGGCAUCAGGAGCUGUAUUGGCAGAAGAAUUGCAGAGCUGGAGAUGCAUCUGGCUCUCACCAGGCUUAUUCAAAGGUUCUCCAUUGGGGUGUCUCCUCUUACUGCUGAAGUCAAAGCUAAAACCCACGGCCUGCUCUGCCCUGCUGCCCCCAUUAACCUUCAGUUUAUUGAAAGGAAAAACUAGGUCCGGGCUAUUCUCGGAUCUUAAAAAUCUUCUUUGGAUGUUUAAAUGAAUGCUCAUCCUUAUUGGAGUUCUUAAACACACUACUUUUAGAGGUUUUUACUCAGGCCAGGAAUGUGUCUUAGAUGUUUAUCAUAACAAACGAAUGCUGUGCAUACUGUAAGUUAUAAAGUUUUUUUUUUUUUUUUUUUUUUUUUUAUGAAUGUCGAUGGAGGCAACCACUGCAGCUCUUUUCUUUUUCUUUGGACUGUUACUCAUUUUAUUCAUCAUUUUAACAAAUGUAAGCGGGAGCAAUGUUUUUUUUUUUUUUUUUUAAAGAGCUGUUACUUAUAAUAUUGUGUCUUGAUGUAUACAUGUGCAAAAGCUAUUGUAAAUACUUUUCACUCUUUCCUCCUUGUCCAAGAAAUCAAUUUACCUAGACAUUAAAGGGCAGCUGUUAAACCUAUUGAAAAACGCUGACAAGCUUUACGCAAUAAUUAAGUUGCGUCUAUUUCAAACCAAAAUGUUGAAUCUUAUUGCUUUUUUGUGGUUGAAUGGUCUUUCUUUUUUGUUCCUUUGACUGUUCUUGUUUCCAUAGAAAGCAAAGUUUCAUAACUCAUAUGUCAAAAAGAUAAAUACACACAAAAUUGUUUUAGUGUACAUUUUAUUGAGAUUAGUAUUUUUUUUUUUUUUUUUUACUUUUUACAAUCGCAUUAGUUAGAUGUUUAAAGAAAUUAUAUAAUAAAUCACAAAGUUAACUAUUUAAAGUAUAUAUUUUUGCUAAUUUAAUAUGCAUUAGUUUUAUGGAAUGUAAAUGGAUUUCAGAAUGUGUUUAGUGUGGUUUAUGUGCUGCUGGUCGAAAGUGUUUCAUCAAUGUAUCAGGAUACUUGUUUUCUUUUAAAGAAGGUAAAUGCAUGUUUGGGAUGGUUUGUUUUGCGAAGAAAAAUGAAGUGGGGGAGGGGGGGUAGUUUGGCUGGAAGGCACACUGAAACAAAAUGUAAAGACUUGUAUGUCCUUAACUUUUGUAGUUUAUGUUGAAAGUAAUAAAAACACAGAACUUUAAGCUAAACCAUGAA